GCGACAUGAGGGCGGCCGGGCGGCAGGCGGCGUGGGCGGCGGGCGGCGGCCUCCUCCUGGCCCUGGCGUGCUUGGCCCUCGACCCGGAGCAGAAGUGCAACAGGACGCAGUACGAGGCCCAUGGGAAGUGCUGCAGCAGGUGCCCACCAGGCCAGAGAGUGAGUGUGCCGUGCUCCAAUGACUCCGACACUGCCUGUGCCAGUUGUCGACCCCAACACUUCCAGAAUGGCUGGACCAAGCAGACAGUCUGCACCCCACACCGCUACUGUGACCAAAAUGCCGGUUUGGUUGUGCAUAUCCAAGGGAGUGCUGAGCAGAACGUGGUGUGCCGGUGCCGGAACGGCACUCACUGUUCCAGCCGCGAGUGUCAGAGCUGUCGGGAGAACAAGGUCUGCCAAGAGGGCGAAGGGGCACAGCAGACAGCCACUGACACGACGGACACCGUCUGUGCUGAGUGUCCCGUGGGCUUCUUCUCAAACAUUUCCUCUGCCACGGCAUCGUGCCAGCCGUGGAGCAGCUGCUGGGCCGCCGGGCUGGUCCACAAGACCGACGGGACACGCUCCACAGAUGUCGUUUGCGAAGAGGCCCACAGGAGCCGCUCGCUGGCCCUGGCGCUGGUCCCUCUGGCCGCUGUGAUCGUUGUGCUGGGGGGCCUUGGGCUUCUCCUCUGGCGUAGACGUCUGCACCGCAGGGAGCUUCAAAAGCAGCAAAAGAAUCAGCCAGCUGAGGACGACUUUGAGGAGGACAAGGGCUGCCCUGCCUUGCCUGUCCAGGAGACGCUGCCCAUGACCCAGGAGGCAGAGGGCAAGGACAGCCGCUUAGCUGAACAGGAGCACGCCUGAGUGGCGGGGGCUGCAGAGCGGAACGGGUGUGCCCAAGAGGACCUUCCUGGUGGCCUUGCUCUCCCCCCCUUGCUGGAACUGUCCCAUGCCCUUGGCUUCCUCCGGAGGGUUCUGGGGUGCUUCUGGCCCGCCUGCCUGCACAGCACCCCAAAGGAAAAGAGCCCCCCCCUGUGCAGAGCUGCCUGGUGCGUUUCGGCCCUGGAGAGGAGGGGCCUGCCGGAGGAAGCAAAGCCGCCUUUCGCCGUCGGGGUUGUGCCUCCUGCCUGGGAGUGGUUCCUGCCCACCCGCUCCAGGAGCCACAGCGUGCCCGAGGGAGCGCUCUGAGCCCUGCUGGAGGCAGGAUGAGACUGGGUGCUCCCCUCUCCGAGUGGCUUCAGGACCCGCUUCCACGGCAGGCAUUCAUUGCACCCCACCCUUCUUCUUCCUGCCUUGCCAGCCAGCUGUGGGCCUGGACCGUGUCUGGCCCAGAUCCUGUCAGUGGGCUGAGAAGGGCACUUGGCCCCAGCAGGGAAGGAGGUGGGCAGCCGGAGUGUUGAUCCAUUCCAGCCACAGGUGCCUCGGCGGAGGCUUUCAGCAUUCGAGAGACCGGAAUGCCGUGGCCUGCACCCUUCGAUUCGGGGUGUUACUGUAAAUGAGACACUGCUUUUUAUAUUUUUAUAUAAAUUCUGUUCGGCAAUA